GUAGCCGGCGCAGCCACCCUUGGCGAGGGCCCAAGCGCUGCUGGUUCUGCGGUUGGAGGGACUUGGUGUCGGCUCGCCCAGCGAGAGGGGAGAGUGAGCAUUUUAAAGGUCAUCUGCACCUUCUGCCUGGGAAAAGAUGGUCAACGUCUUGAAAGGAGUGCUAAUAGAAUGUGACCCUGCCAUGAAGCAGUUCCUGCUGUACUUGGACGAAUCAAAUGCCUUAGGGAAGAAGUUCAUCAUUCAAGACAUUGAUGACACUCAUGUCUUUGUUAUCGCAGAGUUGGUUAACGUCCUCCAGGAGCGAGUAGGUGAAUUAAUGGACCAAAAUGCUUUUUCUCUUACCCAGAAGUGAAGCUACUCAAUAUUGACCACAUAGGAAUUACAAGUAACAAAUGUGAGACUGUCACCAUUCAGUGUCCUGUGUGACAGAUGAGACUUCGUGGCUUGGGCGCAUAUCAUGGGAAAAACUGUGAUGUCAUUUGUUCAGAAAAAAGUCCCUGAUUUUCUUGUUUGUUUUUUUCCCCCUGUUCAUGUACCCUAGAAUUUAAAAAAAAAGAAAAAAAAAUCAUCGGUUGUCUGUAAUUUGGCUUUUAUUAUCCUACGUUAAAAUGUAAAUGGUUUUCCUACCCUUUUAAUACCAAUUUAAUAUAGUAAGAAUAUAAUGGAAUAUGCCUUUACCAGUUUAACCUAGGUGUUUUGCUUGUUCCUGUUAAUGUGGGAUUUUGUAGUGUGGGUAUGGUUUGUUCUAAUUAGAAACUUGAUUACCUAGAUAAAUACGCCAAGGUAGGACUUUGGUAAUAUUUAUGUCUUUGCAUUUAAUAUCUGCAUACUGGCCAGCUGUACUGGUGAAGAAGAUGGGGAAGAGAACCAUGUUACAUUGAUGUGAGCUACAGUUUGCAUUUCCCUAAAAAUACAGUGUUUUUAAAGUACAGAGAGUUUGGGGCGCCUGAGUGGUUCAGUUGGUUAAGGGUCCAACUCUUAAUCUCAGCUCAGGUCUUGAUCUCAGGGUCAUGAGUUCAAACCCCACAUGUAGAAGAUUAGAAAUAACCAAAUGGGAAGGGGGAAUGUUGCAUUACAAGCUUUAUCUUCUCUGUGUUUAAACUUUUUCAGUCACAUUUUCCUUUCCCAUCAGGGAAAAUGUUCUUUUGUUUAAAAAAAAAAUUGCUUUAUUUGUGCCUUAUUCCAUAUGAGAAUCCAUUUAAACUCUUUUUAAAAAGAAAUAAGGACUGUAGAAAGAGGACAGCAUAAGGCAUGUAGUCAGUCAUACCGUAAUAAUGUUAUAUGUGACAGUUAACUAGACAUACCGUGGUGAGCAUUUUAUAAUGUAUAUAAUGUCAAUUCACUAUGUUAUACACCUAUAACUAACAGAAGAUUGUGUAUCAACUACAAUUUUAAAGAAAGGCAAGUAAGAGCAGAUAGAAACAAAGUGAGUCUUGUGGGAAAUGGGAUGAUGAGGUUCAGAUGUACUGCAUAUGGUUUUAUGAUUGUUUGGAGGCAGAAAUAACACUGAUAGGAGCUUUGCUGCCCUUCCGGAAGAUGGUGUUAACCAGGAUGGGUUCAUGUGAUGAGAAUUUUCCAAGAGAGAAGAGGACUUGUGUGAUGCUGUAACCCAGUUUUCUUCCCUCCUGUGGUGUGCUUAUUCAAAGCACCUGUAUACCAUUUUCAGUCACACAAGCUGGACACUGCCACCCUUUGGUACAGCAGGUCCUUGCUUAUCCACGAUUUCCCUUUCCACCGGCAACCAAGGUCCAGAAGCAGAUGAUUGUCCUCAUUAUUGUCAGAGGGUAGUCACCUAGUGCUGUCACGAUGCCUACACGUUCACCUCACUUCUCAUCCUUUGGGCAUUUUGUCAUCUCACAUGAGGAACCCCAAGAGGAAAGACAAUGAGUACAGCACAGUAAGAUAGCUAAACCAUAUGCACAUAACCUUCAUUACAGGUUAUUCUAUUUUAUUAUUAAUUAUUCUUCAUCUCUUACUGUGCGCCAUUUAUAAAUUAAACUUUGUCAUAAAGAUGCACAUACAUCUUAGUCUACAUGGGGCUCAGUACUUCCUGUGGUUUCAGGCAUCCUCUGGGGGGCUUGUAAUACAGUUCUCCAUUUAUCAUGAUUCUCAUCAAUAUAAAUCAAGCUACAGAAGUUUGAUUCUCAUAUAACAAUGCAAACAAUUUUGUGGCAUUAUUGGUACAUUUGGUACUAAAAUGUGUUGAGUAGAAAAUAUAUUUCUUCAGAAUUUCCAGCUGUACUGAAAUGGUACUGAAUCUUGUAUUUCAGGCAUAUCUAAAUCAAUUUCAAAUAAAACUCAGAUAUUUGUCAGCUAAUACCUUUUAUAUUAACAUGAAACCUUACAAAAAUU